AUGACAGCUCUUAGCGAAGAUUUGCUUGUAACUGUGAACAAGCUUCAAGAUCUUGUCUUUAAUACGAUCGGAAAUGACUCCCUUGACUUGCCGCAGAUUGUUGUUGUGGGCUCUCAGUCGUCCGGCAAAUCAUCCGUACUUGAGAACAUUGUUGGUAGAGACUUCUUACCACGAGGUAGUGGUAUAGUCACAAGGCGCCCAUUGAUCCUCCAACUCAUAAAUAUUCCCAGCGAACGGCACGACAAGCCUGAAAGUGAUGAGGUUCAUAUACCUCAUACAGCAGCAAGUGUGGCGGGACAGUAUGAGUGGGCAGAAUUUCAUCAUCUCCCUGGCCGCAAAUUCGAUGAUUUUGCCUUGGUCAAGCAGGAGAUUGAAGCUGAGACCGCAAGGAUAGCUGGAAGCAACAAAGGAAUUAACAGGCAGCCCAUCAAUCUCAAGAUUUUUUCCCCACACGUACUCAAUCUUACCAUGGUUGACUUGCCGGGGUUGACGAAAGUGCCUAUCGGGGACCAACCGUCCGAUAUUGAAAAGCAGACACGGGCUUUAAUACUCGAAUACAUAGCGAAGCCGAACAGUAUCAUCUUAGCCGUUUCGCCUGCUAAUGUUGAUCUUGUGAACUCUGAAGCUUUGAAACUUGCUCGUCAAGUGGAUGCCAUGGGUCGAAGGACGAUUGGGGUUUUGACGAAACUGGACCUCAUGGAUCAUGGCACGAACGCCAUGGAUAUCCUUUCUGGCCGGGUCUAUCCUCUGAAGCUCGGUUUCAUUGGAGUUGUUAAUCGAUCACAGCAAGACAUUCAGUCUGGGAAGUCAUUGUCCGACGCAUUGCAUGCUGAAGUCGAUUUCUUCCGACACCACCCAGCCUAUCGGAAUAUGGCGAACCGUUGCGGUACUCAGUUUCUUGCGAAAACCCUGAAUACCACCCUAAUGUCUCAUAUCCGGGAUCGGCUUCCUGACAUAAAAGCGCGUCUUAACACUCUUAUGGGUCAAACUCAGCAAGAACUCGCAAGCUACGGCAACAAACAGUUCAGCGGGAAGGAACAUCGUGGGUCCCUUAUUCUACAGCUUAUGACGCGCUUCGCUUCAUCUUUCAUAUCUUCGAUUGAUGGAACGUCCUCCGAAAUCUCAACCAAAGAACUUUGUGGAGGGGCAAGGAUAUAUUAUAUCUUUAACUCGGUCUUCGGCAACUCUCUCGAAACAAUUGAUCCUACACAUAACUUAACUGUUACUGAUAUUAGAACUGCCAUUCGGAACUCGACUGGUCCACGUCCGAGCCUGUUUGUUCCCGAGCUCGCUUUUGACCUGCUUGUCAAGCCUCAGAUAAAAAUGCUAGAAGCUCCUAGUCAGAGGUGUGUUGAACUGGUGUAUGAGGAGCUCAUAAAGAUUUGUCACACGUGCGGCUCGCAGGAAUUGCUUCGCUUUCCACGGCUUCAAGCGAAACUGAUAGAGGUGGUGUCUGAUCUUCUUCGUGAGCGUUUGGGACCGUGCUCAGCAUAUGUUGAAUCGCUCAUUUCCAUACAGAGGGCGUACAUUAAUACAAACCAUCCUAACUUCCUCGGUGCAGCAGCAGCUAUGUCGUCUGUCAUGCAGAACAGGCAAGAACAGGAACGACGGGCAGCGUUAGCCGAUGACCGGAAAAAGCGCGAGAAGAGACGGUUGAAAGAACUUGGAGCGGUGAAUGGAAACCCGCCAGCAUCCCCUGAGGAUGAGGACGAACAGCAUACAGAUUCCAAGACGCAGAAUAUUCCUAUCAGGAGUCAACCUACGAGAAAUACCAGAAGCAUGUCCCCUCACUUUGGUAAGGGACAAGAAGGUGGCGUGACCGCAACCUUGAAUGGAGCUCAUGCAAAUUCUCAUCAAACAGCUUUUGGAACAACCAAUACCACUCGUGACUCGUUCCUCAACUACUUCUUCGGUAAGGACGGCGCGCAACCUGCCAGCUCAUUACCUCAGCUGUCGAGUCAGAGCCGUCCAUACACCAACGUCAAUGAAGCAAGCAUUAGUCACAACACUCGCCGGACUGAUAUGCGUGCCCCUAUCAUGUCAGCUGAUGAGUACCCACCCCCUAUGGAAUAUACUGGUGAUCCGAAGGAAGACCCCGAAGCUGUCCUCUCUGACCGUGAGCUAUUAGAGACGGAGCUGAUUAGUCGACUAAUAUCAUCUUACUUCAACAUCGUCAGAGAAACCAUCGCAGAUCAAGUUCCUAAGGCUAUCAUGCAUCUCCUUGUCAACCACAGCAAGGAUGUCGUGCAAAAUAGACUCGUGAGCGAACUUUAUAAAGAAGAUCUAUUUGCGGAGCUCCUUUACGAGGAUGACGGCAUCAAAGCGGAGAGGGAGAAGUGCGAGAGAUUGCUGGAUACGUACAAGGAGGCAGCAAAGAUUGUCGGAGAAGUUCUGUAA